CCGACGCGGUGCCACAGUCCUGCGGGGCGAGCGGGCGCAAAGGCACCAGGGCGCGCCGAGCCUCACGGCCCAGGCAGGCCGCGCCCGCCGGGAGGCCUCCAGCCAUGGGGUCGGCAGCAUUGGAGAUCCUGGGCCUGGUACUGUGCCUGGUGGGCUGGGUGGGCCUGAUCCUGGCGUGCGGGCUGCCCAUGUGGCAGGUGACUGCCUUCCUGGACCACAACAUCGUGACGGCGCAGACCACCUGGAAGGGGCUGUGGAUGUCGUGUGUGGUGCAGAGCACCGGCCACAUGCAGUGCAAGGUGUACGACUCGGUGCUGGCGCUGAGCACUGAGGUGCAGGCGGCGCGGGCGCUCACCGUGAGCGCCGUGCUGCUGGCGCUCGUCGCGCUCUUCGUGACCCUGGCGGGCGCGCAGUGCACCACCUGCGUGGCCCAGGGCCCGGGCAAGGCGCGCGUGGCCCUCACGGGCGGCGCGCUCUACGCGCUCUGCGGGCUGCUGGCGCUCGUGCCGCUCUGCUGGUUCGCCAACAUCGUGGUCCGCGAGUUCUACGACCCGACGGUGCCCGUGUCGCAGAAGUACGAGCUGGGCGCCGCGCUGUACAUCGGCUGGGCCGCCUCGGCGCUGCUCAUGUGCGGCGGCGGGCUCGUGUGCUGCGGCGCCUGGGUCUGCGCCGGCCGCCCCGACCUCAGCUUUCCGGUCAAGUACUCGGCGCCGAGGCGGCCCACGGCCAGCGGCGACUACGACAAGAAGAACUACGUCUGAGGGCGCCAGGCACGGCGGGGCCCGUCCCACCAGCCACGCCCGCGUGCCCUGGGAGCUACCUGGGAGCUAACCCCGCAGAGACUGCGGCCUCCGCUGGGGCCCGCUGCGCACAGGCUCCGCUCGACGACCGGCUUUGUGCACGCGGCAGGCACCCGCAGCCUGGCCUCUCCAGCCGCCAGCGGUCAGGCCCUGCCCUGACCAGACGACACGCCCUCGUGAGGACUUGGUCACUUUCCUUCUCUGUGAGCCCAGCUGGGAUUCCAUGGGCAGAGUGGGCACCAGACUGAAGAUGCCAGAUGAAGAUGCUUCCCUGGCACUGGGGGUCUUGGCUGCUGCCUAACUCCCCAGUGGCUCCCACUGAGUCCAGAGGGGCAAUGGAGAGCCUGGGGCCCCAGCCAGGGCUGCUGGAGGGAUGUGUACAGCUGGCCUUACCCUAUCAGCGGGGCCUGUGCCCAGGGGACCAACGGACUGAGCCCAAAGGACCAACUUCCCUGUCUCACCCCAGCUGCUCCCCAGGCAAGGCUUGUGGGCACCAGAGUGUGAAGCUGGGGCCUGCCCUCCUCUGCGGCUUGUGGGGUGGGAGUGGGAGGUUAAGAAUUUGCUUAGUAAA